CAAGCGCGCCGCCGCAGCGACAGGAGAGUCUGGCUACAGGCUGCAGAGUGUGUGUGAGUGAGAGCAUCAAUAGAUCUGACCCGGAGGAGAGUGUGUGUGUAGCUUGUGUGGGAGACAGAAGGGAGAGCGGAACGCACGGGCACAACUUGGGAUAACUCACCUGGCAGGACAGAAACAUCUCUCUCGCUCCAUCUCUUCUAUCAUCUAUCUCUCUCCUUGCUAACGGAUUCAAGCGGUGUGAUAGACUACUGGUCUGGCUGCGGGGAAGGUGUUAAUGUGUGCCUAUAGGAUGUGCGCGUUCGGUGGGAUGUUGUGUCGCGUGGUGUCGGUGCUGUGGCUGGUCCUUUCGGUGGUCUCGGGGUUCAACCUGCAUGCGGAGCGCCCGGCCGUGUACGGAGGACCAGAGGGGAGCUACUUUGGUUACUCCGUGGACUUCUACCGACCGACCCCCGAAAGCAGCACGUUGAGUGUGUUGGUGGGAGCGCCCAAGGCCAACACGUCCCAGCCAGGCAUCAUAGAGGGAGGAGCUGUCUACUACUGUCCCUAUCCCCCAAACCCUGACCCCACCAAGCUACCCUACAGCUGCACACAGAUACCCUUCGACAAUGCCAAUAACAGGAUGAUUAAGGUUAAUGGCACCAGGGAGCCUUUGGAUUCAAGUCUCACCAGUGGUUUGGAGCCUCAGUUAGAACUCACAAAGGCAAGUGGUGGCCUGUGCUCCUCUCUACCACUGCGUUACAGUGAAGGUGAACGGUGAGAAGGACCCGGUAGGAACCUGCUAUGUGCCGUGCAGAACUUCAGCGCUCUCGCAGAAUACUCACCCUGUAGGACCAAUGAUCCAGACCCAGAGGGACAGGGUUUCUGCCAGGCCGGGUUCAGUGUGGACUUCACCAAGGAGGGGACACUGGUGGUGGGCGGACCUGGCAGCUUCUACUGGCAAGGU